UCGCGUGAGCAAUUAACACGGCGCAUUUUCGCGAAGGGAACACUCGUGUCACGGCUAAUCAUUGCGAGCGAGUGACUGAGUGUUCUAUUUCAGAAAGCUGAGUCACAAGCUGUAAGGUCUCACGAGGCUGUACGGAAAACGUGAGAGAGAGAAAGAAAGAAAAAAAGAAAGAAAGAGAAAGGGAGAAAUAGAAAGAGAUUUUUUUUUUUAAAUCGAAAUUCACAUCUUGAAAAAAAAAGAACUUGUUCAAACUAAUUUACCACAGGCGCACCUCAAUUUUCUUCGAAAGAUCUCAGUUGAAGACUAAAAGAAGUCAGUCAAGAAGAUCCGAGGGACCCGAUAUUAACUAUACGGAGAUAAUAUAUUUUGUAUUAAGCAUACAAAAGAUGAAAGGAUAGUUAAUUAUUACAGAAUGUCGAUCUAUUCUUCGCUUUGCCCGAGACACAUUAUGUUUUCCAUCAUCCUUCUGCUGUUCGCGGCAACAUCUAGCGCGCAGCCUAUCGAUUACGACGACGUGGUCAAUCUGUUGCCGAUGGAACCGAAGACGAAGAACGACACGUUGGCCGCUAUCGUGCAGGAUCCGGUGGUGCAGGACGCCGUGCAGGACGCGGUUGGCAGCGGGCCCUUGGAAGGCUUGGUGGUGAAGAAGAAGGUCCUCAUCAUGCCCGCCAUCGAACCUACCAAGGUGGUAUCGCAGCGCGAGCAAGUUCUCGUGGUUCCGAUGACAAAUCUCGAAGACGUGAGAAAGAACAUCACGGAAAGUGCGAACGAGGAGACGGACAAGGACGGUUUGGUGCAACUCUUCACCCAGAAUGGCGAGAAGGGAUCUCAUGAAGACGAAAAUGAUCCGUUUGACAUGUCGCAGCGUGUCGAUUUUCACGAAGUGUUGGACGAGUUUUUCGAGACCACGAGUAAACCGAUCGACCUCCCUAUCAACGGUGAUAACGCACCUCCGGAAAUUCCGUACCUUCUACCAAAUCCAGAACAGAAAAUGGAGCGUCCAGAGGAUUACCAGCCCCACCACCCACCGCCCACGAUAUCGGUGCCGAUCAUCGCGUUUCUCGACCCCACGGAAAUUUCCGACGACAAAAUCGACGUCCCGAUCGCGGCGACGUUGUCAGAGAUAGACGACACCACGAGCAGCCGGUUGGACCUAUUGGAGAACAAUCGCGACGAGAUACAGCGAAACGUUCAAGAUUACAUCGAUAGCAGCACGUUGAGCGUGGAUUCUGAUUAUUGGCGACUUACGUCGUCCCCAUCGCAGACACCUUUGCUGUAUGAGCCAGCUACGAUGGAGAAUCAAUACGCGAGCGACGUUCGUCCCGAAGCUUCGCUUCCGAUCGCAGUGCCACGUAUCGACAUUGUAGCACCGCUCUUCUGGACUUCGGAUGCGGACAUUGACUAUCCCAAAGAUUCACGUGACAUGGACACCGCCGCGCACAUCGUCUUCAGGCCGCUCUUCCGAUUCCGACAGGAAGGGCAGCGGAGAUCCUACGGAAGUUUACCUUAUCGGAAUUCGUACAAUCCUUACCCAAGACGCAAUUACGGAUACAGGCCCCGAUAUUACGGCGAUUAUUAUCAAUAACUUAUUAAUAGUGUACCGAAGUUGGUGAAUUCUGUAAUGAAAAGUUCGACCUUUCAGUUUCUUUGUUACUAGAAUAAUAUUUCGAUUUUCUUGUGAUAAUGAGAUGAAAUUAACUAGCGAGGAAUAGUACACAAUUGAAUAUUUCUAACUCAAUGAACAUCUUGAUUGAAAUAAACAAAAUAACAUUUCAGAGAUUAUACAUCUUGAAUGUGUCUCAUUAUCUCAUUCUUGUUUCCUGAACUUUUUUGUCUCUUUCUAUGAAAAUAACAUCUGAGUACAAUCAGAUAUAAUUAUUGGUUAUCGUCGACUUGAUAGACUAGAUUGCGCGUCACAGUUAAAAUUAAGAUCGACGUUUCUUCGGAGACAGUUUCCGCGGAGAAUGUCGUUCUCGACUUUCCUCAUAAACACCUUAGUCCUGCGUUGUUCGUGCAUAUAUUUUUUAUCGCGCCAUUUUAUAGCGUUAAGCAGCCACGAAGGCGGAAACUUUUUCAAUUUAGCACGUAUUAUUUGCCGAAUUGUAUAGAACACUAUGUAACGUGAAAUAAAUGCUCAGCAGUAACGGCCAAUUAA